GCCCAGCUCUCGGCAGGACUGAAGUGUGUGUGCCUUUUGUGUGAUUCUUCGAACUUUACCUGCCAAACCGAAGGAGCCUGUUGGGCCUCUGUCAUGUUAACCAAUGGGAAAGAGCAAGUGAUCAAAUCCUGUGUGUCCCUCCCAGAGUUAAAUGCACAAGUUUUCUGCCAUAGUUCCAACAAUGUCACCAAAACUGAAUGCUGCUUCACGGAUUUUUGCAACAAUAUAACACUGCACCUUCCAACAGCAUCACCAAAUGCCCCCAAACUUGGGCCCAUGGAGCUGACGAUUGUCAUCACUGUGCCUGUGUGCCUCCUGUCCAUUGCGGCCAUGCUGACUAUCUGGGUAUGUCAGGACCGCCAGUGUGGGCACAGAAAGACCAGGAGACACAAUGUGGAGGAGCCGCUGACAGAGUGCAGCCUGGUACAUGCUGGAAAAACUCUCAAAGAUCUGAUUUAUGAUGUAACUGCCUCGGGCUCAGGUUCUGGUCUACCUCUCUUGGUUCAAAGAACAAUUGCAAGGACAAUUGUACUUCAGGAAAUUGUAGGAAAAGGUCGAUUUGGUGAAGUGUGGCAUGGAAGAUGGUGUGGGGAAGAUGUGGCUGUGAAAAUAUUCUCCUCUAGAGAUGAAAGAUCUUGGUUUCGUGAGGCAGAAAUUUACCAGACAGUUAUGUUACGCCAUGAAAAUAUUCUUGGUUUCAUUGCUGCUGACAAUAAAGAUAAUGGCACUUGGACUCAACUGUGGCUUGUAUCUGAGUAUCAUGAGCAGGGCUCCUUAUAUGACUAUCUGAACAGAAACAUAGUGACGGUGGCUGGAAUGAUCAAGCUGGCACUUUCAAUAGCUAGUGGUCUGGCUCACCUUCACAUGGAGAUUGUUGGGACACAAGGGAAACCUGCCAUUGCUCAUCGAGAUAUAAAGUCAAAGAAUAUCUUGGUGAAGAAAUGUGACACUUGUGCCAUAGCAGACUUGGGGUUGGCUGUGAAGCAUGACUCAGUUCUGAACACUAUAGACAUUCCUCAGAAUCCAAAAGUGGGAACCAAGAGGUAUAUGGCCCCUGAAAUGCUUGAUGAUACAAUGAACAUGAGUAUCUUUGAGUCCUUCAAACGUGCUGACAUCUAUUCUUUGGGUCUGGUUUACUGGGAAAUAGCCCGAAGGUGUUCAGUUGGAGGAAUUGUUGAGGAGUACCAGUUGCCUUAUUAUGAUAUGGUGCCAUCUGAUCCCUCAAUAGAGGAAAUGAGGAAGGUUGUUUGUGACCAGAAGUUCCGACCAAGUAUCCCCAACCAGUGGCAAAGCUGUGAAGCACUCCGGCUCAUGGGGAGGAUAAUGCGCGAAUGCUGGUAUGCCAACGGGGCGGCUCGCCUAACAGCGCUCCGAGUGAAGAAGACCAUUUCUCAACUGUGUGUCAAAGAAGACUGCAAAGCCUGAUCACAACAGAGUCAAAAAGUGACCUUGUGCUUUCUUUCCCAUUUCCCCUCUGUAUGUAAAUGUUUUUACUUCUUUUAUUUGUCAUAUUUUGUUUUGUUUUGGUCUACCUCAAAGAUAUAAUUUACUACAGUAUUUAAGUGCCACAAAGGCAGCAUGAAAGAUAACUAAAAUUAAGCAUG